AGACGCCAUUUUGUCAGCCUUUUCCUCCAUUGAGCCACUGCCAGCCAGGCGUCUGUGCGCACGCAGAAACCCAGGACGCUGCGUCUCUCUCCGGCCUUCCAGCAACUCCCUCGCCCCCCUCCCCAACCCGGGACUCACGGAAACAACCCCGGCGGCAGCGGCAGCAGCAGCAGCAGCAACAACCCCCGGGUGGAUGAGAUACCCUCUCUAGGCUCGGUCGACACCCACCGGUACCAGUGACACCGCCGUCAAGAACCGAGCAUGGCUUUGAAGAUUGUCAAAGGGAGCAUCGAUCGGAUGUUCGAUAAAAACCUUCAAGAUUUAGUACGUGGCAUCAGGAACCACAAGGAUGAUGAGGCCAAGUACAUCUCCACUUGCAUUGAUGAGAUCAAACAGGAGCUCAAGCAGGACAACAUCGCCGUCAAAGCCAAUGCCGUUUGCAAGCUCACCUACCUUCAGAUGCUGGGCUAUGACGUCAGCUGGGCCGCAUUCAACAUCGUCGAAGUCAUGAGCUCCUCCAAGUUCACUUACAAGAGGAUCGGCUACUUGGCAGCCUCGCAAUGCUUUCACGAGAGCACUGAUGUCAUCAUGCUAACCACGAAUCAGAUUCGAAAGGACCUCAGCAGUCCCAAUCAGUACGACACAGGCGUUGCCCUCACAGGCCUGUCUUGCUUCGUUACCCCCGAUCUGGCUCGCGACCUGGCCAACGACAUCAUGACACUGAUGUCUCAUACGAAACCCUACAUCAGGAAGAAAGCAGUGCUGAUCAUGUACAAGGUGUUUCUCAAGUACCCGGAGUCCCUCCGUCCUGCUUUCCCCAGGCUCAAGGAGAAACUUGAAGACCCAGAUCCAGGCGUGCAGUCGGCCGCGGUCAACGUGAUCUGUGAGCUGGCGCGUAGGAAUCCCAAAAACUACCUUUCUCUGGCACCGCUCUUCUUCAAGCUCAUGACCUCCUCCACUAACAACUGGGUCCUUAUUAAGAUUAUUAAAUUGUUCGGUGCGCUCACUCCUCUGGAGCCCCGCUUGGGAAAAAAGCUGAUUGAACCUCUCACAAACCUAAUUCACAGUACAUCUGCCAUGUCUUUGCUGUACGAGUGUGUGAACACAGUUAUUGCAGUGUUAAUUUCCUUGUCCUCUGGAAUGCCCAACCACAGUGCUAGUAUCCAGCUCUGUGUACAGAAACUGCGAAUCCUGAUUGAAGACUCUGACCAGAACUUGAAAUAUCUGGGCCUUUUGGCCAUGUCCAAAAUCCUGAAGACCCACCCUAAGUCUGUGCAGAGCCACAAGGACCUCAUCCUGCAGUGUCUGGAUGACAAGGAUGAGUCCAUCCGUCUCAGAGCUUUGGAUCUACUCUACGGCAUGGUCUCCAAAAAGAACUUGAUGGAAAUUGUGAAGAAACUGAUGCUACAUGUGGAUAAAGCGGAGGGAACCACAUACAGGGAUGAACUGCUCACCAAGAUCAUUGACAUUUGUAGCCAGAGCAACUACCAGUACAUCACCAACUUUGAGUGGUACAUCAGUAUCCUUGUGGAGCUGACCCGAUUAGAGGGCACCAGGCACGGUCACCUCAUCGCCUCUCAGAUGCUGGAUGUCGCUAUCCGGGUUAAGGCCAUCCGGGUGUUCGCCGUGGCCCAGAUGGCCACGCUGCUGGACAACGCUCACCUUUUGACCGGGAACAUGCAGAGAAACGGCAUAUGUGAAGUUUUGUACGCAGCAGCCUGGAUCUGCGGCGAGUUCUCGGAACACCUGGAGAACCCGUUGCAGACGCUAGAGGCCAUGCUGCGGCCGAAGGUGGCUACUUUGCCGGGCCACAUCCAGGCCGUGUACGUGCAGAACGCCGCCAAGUUGUUCGCCACUGUGCUACAGAGCCAAAAGGACAACACAGAUGGCACAACUGCACAAGAAACCAGCCAGCUAAUGAUAGACCGCCUGCCGCUUUUUGUCCAGAGCGCCAACCUGGAAGUGCAGGAAAGGGCAUCUUGCAUCCUGCAACUGGUAAAGUACAUCCAGAAACUGCAGCAGAAGGAAGUCGAGGUAGCGGAGGAAGUCAUUGCACUGUUUGCCGGAGAACUCAAUCCUGUAGCUCCCAAGGCACAAAAGAAAGUGCCUAUCCCUGAAGGUCUGGAUCUUGAUGCCUGGAUCAAUGAGCCUCCAUCUGAGAGCGAGUCCGAGGACGAGCAGCCCAAAGCUAUUUUUACAAAGGAGGAGCCCAAACAUUCCCGGCCCAGACACACAGAGGUGGACGAGAAGGAGCUGGCGAGGAGAAGAGAAGCCAGGAAACAAGAGCAAGCCAACAACCCAUUUUACAUCAAGGCCUCGCCAUCCUCGCAAAAGGUGUACCAGGACACCCCUGGAGUGGAGCACAUCCCAGUUGUUCAGAUUGAUCUGAGUGUGCCUCUUAAAGUACCAGGCCUGCCUAUGUCCGACCAGUACGUAAAGCUGGAGGAGGAGCGUCGGCAGAAGGAGAGAGCCGACAAGAAAAAAAAGGAGAAAAAGAAAAAGAAAGAAAAGCGCAGUGGACGGGGAAAGAAACACGACUCUGGUCCGGAGAGCGAGGAAGACAUUACGCCGGCGCACAUGGUCGACAUCGUCACAGAGGAGAUGCCAGAGAAUGCCUUACCUAGUGAUGAGGAUGACAAAGAUCCUAAUGACCCUCACAAAGCCCUGGACAUCGACCUGGACAACUUGGUGGAAAUGGCGGGGCGCAGGCCUCUUGCAGACAGCGAGAAGCUACCAGUCAGGUCUCACCGUCCAACAGAAGUUCAGAAAAGCCCAGACGGAGAUGCCGUAAGCACCUUGCAGGAAGCCAAGAGGAGCAUCAAAGAGAAGAAGGAGAAGAAGAAAGACAAAGAGAGGGACAGGAAGAAGAGCAAAGAAGAGAAGAAGAAGAAAAAACACAAACAUGAAGAAAAGGGGGUGGAUCUACUCGGGCAUCAGUCAGACGAGCCCAUCGUCCAAUCUGAAGGACCCAGUGAGAUGGUGGCCCCUCCUACUUCCACAACUCCUGAGGUUUCAGAUCUGGAUUUCUGGCUCUCAAAGGCUCCAGUGCCCUCUUACGCCCAGGAAGCAGUAACAGUAGAAGGAGAAGCAGCCUCCGUGCCAGACGCAGCAUCCUGCACGACACCAAACUCUGAUCCCGAUGAGACCAAGGACUUGGAGACGGAGGAGUCUAAAUCAUCCAAACACAAGAAGAAGAAGCAGAAAAAGGAGAAGGAAGAGAAGGAUAAGAAAAAGAAGAAGAAGCACCAUCAUCAUCACCACCACCACAGCGAUGGAGGCGGAGAGGGGACUGUGCACAAUGGCACGGUGGAGGAGGAAGAACCUCUACCGCCCAUGUCCAAUUACUGCCUCCUCGCAGAGAACGCUUAUAUCAAGAUGAUGAUGGAAGAUGCCGAUCAGGUGUAUGACAUCCAGGGGAACCUACAAGAUGGCAGCCAGGUGGUGGUGUCAGUCAUCUUUGAGAACAAAUGUGAUAGCUUCCUGAAAUCCAUGGAGUUCAACGUGCUGGACUCUCUCAACUCCAAGCUGCAGAGGCCGGAGGGGGCGGGUGCGCACGACGGCCUCACCGUCCCCUUUCAGCUCCCGCCUGGGGUGUCCAACGAAGCUCGCUUUGUGUUCACUGUGCAGAGCAUCGUGAUGCCACAGAAACUCAAGGGAACGCUCACUUUCAUUGUCAAGAAUGAAGACUCUUCAACUCACGAGAAACUGGACUUCAAACUGCACUUUACUUGUACCUCCUACCUAAUCACCACUCCAUGCUACAGCGAUGCAUUUGCAAAGCUGUUGGAAUCUGGGGACCUGAAGGGCAGCUCUGUCAAACUGGAAGGCAUCAACAUGCCCUUCCACCACCUUCUGGCCAGGAUCUGCUUCCAUCACCACUUCUCCGUUGUGGAGAGGGUCGACUCCUGUGCCUCUAUGUACAGCAGAUCUAUCCAGGGUCACCAUGUUUGUCUGCUCGUCAAAACCUCCAACCAGACGGUGUCCAUCGACGCCAAAUGUGACGAACCCGCGCUGCUCGGGAACGUGCUGGAUGAGAUCAAACAGACCUUCUCUGAGUGCGAUUGUGUCCAUGGUUAGCCCAACCUUCUCCCUCCUCGCUAAAACGCAUCAAGAUCACAUUCAAAACACUGCGGGCGGCAAUGCCGCCGUCGCCCUAUUUAUUUAUCUGCUCUCCUCCUCCUCUUCUUUGCUCUUCCUGCCCCCUACUCUCUUGAGCACACUCACUUGACGUCGUUUUACAGACUGGCGGUGUACUCGCUCCGUGUUCUCCUGCGACGCACUUUUCAAUUUCCUCUCUGAGCUCUUGGAUGUCCCUCCUCCUCUGCUUCUUCCUCUUCUCCUCCACUGUCACAUGGCGCCAUUUUGACACCUGGACUUUUGCUGUUGAUGGUUGAAUUGCGUUUUUACUGGUUUUGAACUAUGCUGUCAUUGAUGUGCCGUUUUAUUUUUGUUUGUUUUGUUUUUUGUCUGUCUGAACGCCUGUUCGCGCCUUCUAUGUGUGUGCGUGUGUGUAAACAUCCGACUGCUGUUUCAGCCUUGAAACCAAGUGACUGUCUCUUUCUCAAAAUUAAAAAAAAAAAAGAAAAAAGAGAGGAACUCGUACUCCCUACCUAAUCUCUUCUGACCCUGAGGCCUGCAGUAGAUGAGACCUUAGAGCGACUUGCACUACUCACAAAAUGUUCAGGAUAUUGGGCUGUUAGGAAGAACCUAAAAUGCAUCAGUCUAUUCCCUUAAGUGAACUUAAUUUGACUUUUUGUGAACCUAAUGUGAGUAGUGCACUGUGCAGUAACCAAGCUUGGGAUAGCCAAUCCCUCCUGCCCUGCCUGCUUUUCCCCCUACGGACCAAAAUGGAGAGACACUUGAACACGAGUACCACCAGUCAACACCAAUCAGAUUCACAAACUUGUUUAGUUGCGUCACUGUUACAUUUGAUUACCUCAAAAGGUGACCAUGUGUGACAUACGAAUAAAUGCCUCCCUCUUUCCAUCAGGGAAAAAAAAAACUCAGCAACUGUAAACUGUCUCACUUGAUUGAUGCUAUUGUUCACACAGACACUAAUUAACUACCAAGUCCAUUUGCUAACCAAAAGACAAGCACAUACUAAGCUCUCAACUGGUCUUUAGCAUCGCAGUAGGCAUUUAUUUGCCUGUGUCUUUUAUACCGAACUUAAUAGAAGUGGGACACUUUCAGCUAUUACGCAUUCACACGUUCAGGUAAUGUGAUGAUGAGUGGCAAGGAAAAGCCAACUAACACAAAACUAGUGUGGAUGGUGAGGCUCCAUAUUCAUAUUCAAUUCUGGCUGUGAGAAGUUGAUAAAUUCGAUGGUCAAACAUUAUUGAUACAGAGGCCGGAAAACCCCAUACUUAAGAUUCCACAACUUGACCGCUGAGCCUAUUUAAAUCCAUUGCUAACCAAAACAGCAGCACCUGAGGCAUGUAAAUGAUCCCGUCGUGUUCAGAGUGUGCAGGCUUACUACGAGUCACACUACAAUGCUGUGUGCAGUCCCACUUGCAUUUAUAUUUGUCCAAAAUUGAGUUCAUAGUCCAGUUUCAAUUGCGACCAUCUGCAGUUAAGUAAAGGUCUCCGGAUUUUUUGUAGAAAUGUGAAUCACAUACUUUUAGGUACAGUAAUCAGGACGGAGCCCUGCUGCCAAUGUGAGUAAUUGAUGAGCCCCCAAAUUUCUUCAUUUCUAUAAAUAAUUAAAACUGUAAAUAAACCAUAAACUAUCAUGCCCCUAAAAUUUUUGAUAUUUUCAAACUCACGUUACGGCAUGAGUAUUGAGACAUCUACAUGCAAAAAUGCUCCAUAACCUUCACCAACAACCCAGGCUAAACUUAACUACGGACAUGCGGCGAUGAUUCUCUCGUGACUUCCACCAUUAACUACCCAGGCUAACAUCGGUUCCUCCCUGACAUAUGAACUUUGUCUCUCAGUCGAGAUUUCACUUCAACAUAGUUCCUUGGCACCAAGAUGGCACCAAAGCCCUGUCUAAAAGAACAGUGACAAUACAUUUCGAUAAGAUGGGGACUUGUGUGUUCAAAAUAGAUGAAGGGUUUUUUUUCCAGCAAAGGACAGGCUCAAAAUAAAAUUUACCAGUCGCAACCCACGAAUGGGCAAGGGAAUAGUAUACACAUUUGAGGUGCCUACGGUGGCCCAUGUGUCCCAAAAGGCAUCCGUGAUUCAUCACAAAUACUAUUUUACCAAGGUAUCGCAACACAAUUAUCAGUAUUAGGCGCCACAGCAUCUGUCCUCCUUACGUGCACCUGUUGUUUUCGCUUUUCCAUUUCCAUCACGGCAGGCCAAAGCACUCUCAAACCUAAAUUUCUGAAGUAGCAAGCUCAAGACUAACUGUUAGCAUCUGUUAUAUUUGUUUGUUUUCCUUCACAAGUCUGACUACGUGUGUGGUCAGCUGUAAAUUUGCAGGAAUGUCCAUUGAAAACAUGUUCCCGACAAUGACCUAUCCGUGGAGUUUCUCCCAUAUUGAUUGUCACCUAUUUCAGAUCAUUAUAUUAUUGCAUUACAACUUGUAUAUUGCAUGAUUUAGGAAUGUACACUUUUUUAUUCCCUUUUUUUUUCCUUCCAUGGACAUUUUCACCUGAAUUGUCAUUCCAUUUUCUCCUGUUAUUUUCUCUAUAGAGUUUUUUUUUUUUAAUGAACUACAUACAGUACUUGGACAAUGAUGGUUGUUUUUAUGCAUUCUAAGUUUCGGAGGGGGAAUAAAUUCGAUAGUUGAAUGAUUUAAAUUAUUAAAACGCAGGUGAGGAUCAAGUGGGGGUGUUUAAAAGAAAUCAGGAUGAAGAGGGCAUUGAGGGCUCCCAAUUAAGAACAGGGCAGCACUGAGGGACUACCUGUCUUAAUUCCCUCUCGGUUCGGCCGUCGUGUUCUUUUUGUAACAUUCUUAGCUCUUGACAUUGAAAGUAUACUCUCCACACCACAGAUUUCCAAAAGUACUGUCGUCUUGUUUCUCCAUACUCUCCAGCUGUACAAUGUCAUAUGUUUCAAAAGGUUGGACGUGAAUGAUCUUCACUCCCUGUAAAGAUUACCCAACAUAAAAGUAAAAAUAAAAACUACAAGAUGCUA